AUGGUCCCCCAGUCAAGAGGCCCAGGGCCAGACCUGCUCCUGCCCUGCCACUGGAGGCAGAGGGGAGCGGAGACCUGCUCCUGCCCUGCCACUGGAGGCAGAGGGGAGCGGGCGCCACCCCUGAACAAGGCCUCCACACCUGCCCCCGCCCUCCCGGCCCCCCGCCAGCCCCAGGGAAGCAGCUGGGUGGGCACCGCACCAGUUCUGCACAGCUCCAGCGCUGUGUAUCUGAUCUUCCAGUUCUGUGCCAAGAAGUCCACGUCCCUGCUUCCUUACCACAGGCCUCUGUGGCGGCUCCUGCCCGGAGGCAACCGGACCCUGCUUCACCCGGGCCCAGCGCCCCAGUCAGGCCGCUGUCUGCGGCAGCCCUCGGCCCCCUCCCUCCCCCCUCCCCCCGACUCCAGCGGGCUCCCAGGGCCCCCACCAGCCACCCACACCCCUAAAGCGCUCCAACUUCCCAUAACCCCAUCAGGAAGAAAAGACGGAGACGGCGACACAUCCUCACCCUACCCGCACGCGUCAGAUCGUGACAUCGGUGCUUCAGACGCUGGGGCAGGCGAGCGCAGAGUCCCCUACGCGGGUGCCUCCAACCCGUGUUCCUUCCUGUCCAGCUUCAUGAGCAUCCCACCUGCCCCGUCUGCAGCAACUCCCGGCUUCCCCGGCUGA